AUGCAAGUCGUUACUGUUCUUACGUUCUGUGUAGUAGCAGUAUUUUUGCAAACAGCUCAGGCUGUUCCAACGUUGCAACGUGGAUUUCAGGGUGGUGAAUUUUAUCUUGAAGUUGAUCAAAAGUAUAAUUGGUUUGAAGCAUCACACGAAUGUGCUCGAAAAGGUUUGCGACUCGUUGAAGUCCGUGACGCCACCAAGAACAAAGAAUUAUUGACUGCACUGGAAUCUUACAUAGGCAAUCCUAAGGACUUUUGGAUAGGAGCUAACGAUGAAUACAAUACGGCCAAAGAUCUAAAUCGCCCAUUCUACUGGUCAUCUGGUCAGCGUGUAACAUUCACUAACUGGGCAAAAGGCGAACCGAACAAUGCUGGUAGUAACGAACACUGUGUACAUGUAUGGUCUCUACGAGACGGUUUCCAAUGGAAUGAUAAGGCUUGUACCACUAAAUACGGAUUUAUUUGUGAAAAGCCUGUAUAA